AUGGGUGCCGAGGACAAGCUGGUUCUUGCGCGGAAAAUCGGUCGUACAGAACUGCUGGCAUCUCUGUGGACAGGCUUUGGCCUUGCGACCGUGUUGCUUGUUAGUCGCUUCGCGAUCAGACUACGCCUUCAUCGAAGAUUGUUUUGGGAUGACAUCCUCGCGGGACUCGCGUAUAUAUUUCUUCUAGGGCAUAACGUUCUGGCAACUUUAGCUACACCAACCGUGUACUUGCUACUUCACCUUUACGAAAAUAACAAGGCACUGCUGAUGCCAGGCAUCUUGAACGAUUUUGAUAGGCUGGCGAAGCUAGUUUUCGCCAGCAACUUCUUGUUCAGAUGUUGUAUAUAUUCUGUCAAGGCCAGUCUACUUGCUCUUCUCUGGAGGCUUUUUCGCACUCUCCCUGCUUUCAGGCGAGCUUGGUGGGUGAUUUCUGUGAUUACAAUCGUGGGAUUUUCGGCCUCGGUUAUACUACCUCCUGUUGCUUGUCCAUCCGUGACUGCUCUUGGCUGUCUAUCCCCGAGAACUCUAAAGUUAGAGGCUGUCAGCAUGUACGUGACCACGAUAUGCGAUGUCAUUACAGAUAUCUUAAUCAUGUCUGUUCCCGUUGCAUUUGUGCUCAAGUCUUCCCUCCCCAAUUCUCAAAAACUGGGCCUUGUUGGCCUUUUCAUGCUUGGCCUCGCUGUUGUCGUAAUGGCAAUUCUUCGCAACCUUGAAACCGAUGGCAAAUCCAAGCAUCCACCACCAUCCUGGCUAUUAUUCUGGAGUGCAAUGGAGGCGACUGUAGCAGUGAUGGUGUCGUGUUUUGCGUCAUAUAAAUCUCUAUUUACUACGCACUCACGACCUACUGCUUACAAUCACCGAUCCGGGUAUACUGCGUCUAUUGCCGUUUCUAGCAGGAUAGCAGCCAACAAAACCUGGACCGACACUGACUCAAGGGAGGAGAUUAUGCGCAGAACGGAUUUUGAAGUUAGUUAUGAAAUGGCACCUAUUCCUGAGCAACAAGUGUCCAGUCCCGGUUGGGUAGACAAUAGAGGGUGA